AUUCAAAGCAUCCUGUCAUUUCAUUGACCAUUGUCAAUGAGUCGUGGCCAUAAGACUUGCUGAAGUGCCAAAUACAUUUCCAUACACCCCAGACAAAUUCCGAAAUCAAAAUGACUGCAAAAUUUCAAGAGUACAAAGACCUCAUCGAACGCAACUUAACGGACAAGAGCAAGCCUUGGACGAAAUAUUUCGAAUUAGCCGAACAGAAGACCGGCGUGAACAGGGUAUAUUUGUUUGUCGGCUUGGUCGCGUUCACCGGUUUAUAUUUAGUGUUCGGAUUCGGCGCUGAAUUAAUAUGCAAUUCUAUUGGAUUCGUGUAUCCCGCUUAUAUGUCGAUGAAGGCGUUGGAGUCGCCCAGUAAAGACGACGAUACUAAGUGGUUGACGUACUGGGUUGUUUACGCUUGCUUCUCCAUCAUCGAAUAUUUCUCGGAUUUCAUUGUCGGCUGGUUCCCGCUCUACUGGUUGAUUAAGUGCAUCUUCAUAAUCUGGUGCUACCUCCCAAUUGACUACAAUGGAUCUCUGAUCAUUUACCACCGCCUCAUCCGUCCCUACUACCAGAAACACCACGGACGUAUCGAUGACAUUGCUAGCUCAGAUAUCUUGGAAGAGUUGGUUAAAAACACAAACAAGCACAUUGAUAAAACGCUUAAGGCUUUCGACAAAAAACUAUCAGCUCUCCACAAAGAUUAAAUUAGCCUCCCGUUUAGUAGCUGACACGGUUAGGAAGAACAACUAAAUCUCCUAAACAUUUUUCUUAAGUAAGGGGAGCAAAAAGUACAAAUAUACUGCAUCCGCUUACACGCUUUGAAGCACACAUUGGUAAAAAAAUAAGGCAAAUAUAUUUUGAAAAUAAAAAAAAAUUGUAACAAUAAUUUUUUUUUUUAAAUAUCAUGAACUGAUUGGGUUUUGGCGAUUAGCAAAUAUUUGCUAAUGACAUUGUAUUAUUAAGUUAGGUGAUUUUGUAUGGUCGUGACGGUUUCUUAUUACUUUAAAAAAAUAAAUUGUAGUUUAAUCUGUUUUUCAUAACUGACAAAUAUGUUGACGUUUCGAGUUUGGUGAGACUAGUAGACUAUUUUUUUUUCUUCUUCUAUUAUUAAGUUACCUAUCGAACAAUGAACUUCCUAAUUUUUGUAUUUUAUCUUUAAAAUUUCUCAAGGAAUGUUAUUUGUCUGUUACAUAAAGCAAAUGUUUGGUACGAAAAUAGAUAUAUAUAAUUAUAUUUUAUAUUCAUAUUACACGGCAUUUUGUAACCGUCACUUAUGCAUUUAAAUUUAGAAUUGCAAUACUUUUUUUAAUUAAAAAAAUAGCUAAGUUUGAACACAUUUUAUCAUGUGUUUUUUUUUUACAUUUGGCUUAUUGUAUAAAAUUAUAUAUUGAUGUUAGUGUGCCUUUGAAAUUUGGCUGCCAAUAUUAAAUAUAUUCACAUAAGGUGUUAUUAUGCAGUUUUUUCACAUAAUAAAAGGAAUUCAUUGAAA